CCUCAUUAUCCGCCCCCCCCAAACAAAGACAUGAUGAAGCCACCCGUACAAAUCCUCCGCCUGUCGCGCAAAGCAUGUCUUUAUUGCAAAACUAGCAAGAGACGUUGUGAUAGGCUUCUCCCCUCCUGUAGCCUAUGCAACCGGAGAGGGUUAGAUUGCAGCUAUCCCGGUGCCCGCAAAGCCGAUGUGGAUCGACCAGGGGGGAGCCCACCAACCCCCGAGGCUGCCCUUGGGCGUGACUUUCCUGCCGUCUUCUUCCUAGAGCCCGAGCUGUUCCGUGACGCGCAGAUCGAAAUACCACGACUUACCAUACCCGUGGGGAGUAAGGUUACGCAACUCGUUGGGGACCUAGCCAGCAUUCGCGCACAUGCCCAAGAAUACUUUGACAAUAUCCAUACAUGGCUACCAAUCAUCUCGAAAAAGAGAUUCUAUCAGCACUUGAUAAACCCUCUCUCUCAGAAACAGGUCGAGCUGAACCUUCUGGCCUUGGCGAUGAGGCUCUGUUCUUGUCGACCAGAAGACGCUGCCAAGGACAAUCUGUAUGCGACGGCUAAGCAGUUCCACUUCGAAGCUGUAUCGGCCGGCCUCUUCUCCAUACAGAUACUCCAGGGGAGCAUCCUCAUCGCCCUGUAUGAGCUAGGACAGUCCAUAUAUCCCGCAGCAUUCCUCUCUAUCGGUACAUGUGCUCGUUAUGGAGUGGCACUAGGCAUCGAUAAGCUGGAAUCAGAAGCCGAAGAACAGGAAUUCUCGUGGGUGGAAAUAGAGGAGAGACGGAGAGUCUGGUGGUCUAUUUUGAUAUUGGAUAGGUUCAUGGGUCUCAGCGACCCUCACAGGAGCCUGGCAACUCAAGAUCCCACUUUCGAGAGCUACCUCCCGGUAGAUGACGACGCCUGGGAUUCAGGAACCUCAAAGCCACAAGAUGCCAUGAAGAUGUCCUCGGCAUUCAGCCUAAAACAGGGGCGAUUUGCUCGGCUCUCGCAGACGACACUCCUUCUCAGCCAAGCCCUCAGACAUGCCGCUUCUCCCGCUACGGACCCCAUUCUCUACGACGAAGAAUCAGCCCAGCUGCGCCGCACCUUGUUUGCACUAAUUCAAGUUUCCCACACCGAGGCACAUCUGCGCCAACUCGAGUUCUGCGCACAGUCCGCAGUCACCUACAGCACAAUCCUCCUACUCCAGGAGCGCCGCUGGCGGAGAGAUAAUGGCGAUUUCACGCCCUUGUCUGCCGAAAUGGUCCAACAGAUAUCACCCGAGACCACCUCAGUCAUAACGGAGCUCACAGAAUUGGUCACUCAGCUUCUGGAUAACUGCAUGAGAGACUCAAUCCUCUCUUGCAAGCUGUCCCCUUUCCUCGUCCGAGUCAUGUAUCAAGCCUGUGCCAUAUUGACGAGACUCAACAAGGCCACAAAUGACCCAGUGCGGACUCAAACUAUCAGUCAAUUCAAGGAGCUGUUAGGAAGGUUUGAUCUCCAAUUGAGGUCUGCAGGAACCUAUUUGUCAAUGCUAGAGGCAAAGGAGCUCAUGUGGGAGGCAGCUGGUAGAUAAUCUGCGAGACAUGUGGUAUAGCCUCUCUUUUCAAGAGGUUCUCAAUAUUGGACAUGCCAAGGAAAUUCUGUCCU